CCCCCCACUUUUCGGCAUCCCCCCCCCCCCCUCCCCCCACCGAGCGCCGCCCCCCGGGCUGGAAAAGGGGGGGGGACCCCCCGGAGCGGCAGAGACCCCCCCGGAGCCGGCGCCAUGGCGCCCCCCCCGCGCCCCCUGCGCAGCGCCGCCCUCCUGCUCUCCAUCACCCUCCUGGUGCAGAGCCGCCCCCAGCCCACCCCGCAGCCCCCCAGGAGCAGCCCCCAGACCCCUCCCCACUCCAUCUCCAAGCGCUCCCCGCCGCCGCCGCCCGCGGGCGGCCGCCACCAGCCGAACCCGGUGCUGAAGGAACUGGAAGAACUGGGACGGCUCCGCGCCGAGGCCAAGCGCGACCGGCAGCGGGACCGGGAGCGGGAGCGGGAGCUGGGCUGGGCGAGCUCGCGGCAACUGAGGCAGCAGCAGAGCCUGGAGCACCGGCUGCUGGAGCGGCGCUACGAGGAGCUGGCCGAGAGCCGGCGGCAGGCGCAGGCGGCGCGCAAGGCGGCGGCCGAGGAAGAGCGCCUGGCCGACCUGGCCUCGGACCUGCUGCUGCGCUACCUCCUGCGCGGGCCCGGCGCGGCCGUGGCCGAGGAUAAGCGCUCGGAGGAGGAGGAGGAGGAGGAGGAGGAGGAGGAAGGGUUUGGGGAGAACGGCAAGGAUGGGUUUGGUCUUGGCGGCGACCUCAGCGAUGACGUCAAUGACGAGGUCGGUGGCUACAAGGGCAAGGAGAGGUUCGGCCUCGGCGAUGACCUCAGCGAUGACCUCGGUGGCCACCAGGGCUACAAGGGCAAGGACAGGUUUGGCCUCAGCAAUGACCUCAGCGAUGACCUCGAUGGCCACCAGACCUACAAGGGCAAGGACAGGUUCAACCUUGGCAACGACCUCAACGACGACCUCAACAAUGACCUCGGUGGCCACCAGGGCUACAAGGGCAAGGACAGGUUCAACCUUGGCAACGACCUCAACGACGACCUCGGUGGCCACCAGGGCUACAAGGGCAAGGACAGAUUUGGUUUCGGCAAUGACCUCAGCAACGACCUCGGCGGCUACAAGGCCAAGGACAGGUUCGGCCUCGGCGACGACCUCGACGGCUACAAGGGCGGCUACGACGGCGACGACACCAACGAGGUCUUCAAGGUCAACCGGCGCUUCAAGGUCAAGGCCGGCGCCAACGAGGACUUGGGGGGCUUGAAGGCCAACGAUGGCGACAACGGCGACUUCAAGGUCAGGGGCGGCUUCGACGGCACCGCCAACGACCUCGACGGCAACGGCGGCUUGGAAGACAACGAGAUCCUCCCGGCGCGCGGCCACCGGAUGCCAGCGCGCGGCAACCGGGUCGCGGCGGCGUCGGAGGAGGAGGAGGAGGAGGAGGCGGCCACCGGCGAUUCCGAGGAGGUGUCGCCGCAGGAUCCGGCCGAGGUGGACGAGCUGGACCCCGGCACCAUCGACCAACUGAUCGAGCUGUCCAGCAAGCUGCACCUGCCGGCCGACGACGUGGUGGACAUCAUCCACGACGUGGAGCAGAAGCGCAAGGAGGAGGCCGGGCUGGGCUUGGCCAUGGCCGGCAUGGGCGUGGUGGCCAUGGAGACCCCCCCGAAGCUCGGCCGACCCCCGAAAUCGCGGAUCCGGCCACCGGAGCAGCUCCCGGCGAGGACUUUCCUGCCGGGCCCGCCCCGGCGCCCCCCGCCCCCGCUGAGGGACCGCCAGGUGGAGAAAUACCUGGAGAGGGUUUUGGGGAGCCCCCCCCGGGGGUAUCCGUGAGGAGGGGGGGGGGGACCCCAAAAACCCCCGACCCCCCCCCCCCCCCCCCCC